AUGGAUCUCCAUAACUUUAGCAACAACAUGCAUAGCAACAUAACACUGCCACCCGCAACAACAACACCAGCAACAUCUACAUAUUUUACAUACAGCAUACCGGGCAUGGAUAUCACACCGGGUCCGGUCGCUUUUACCUAUGUCAGUGAAUUUUUAUCACUUAUCACACCAGCGGAACUGCCACUCGAUUUGGUGCGUCAGUUUUUGCAUACGAACCUCACGCUGAUCGACUUUACCAAAGAUGCGAUCAAAAUCGAAUCCGGCUUCUUGGCCAUCAUGAGCAUCUUUGCCAUACUGGCGCUUGUGCCGCUCAUCUCCACCUGCGCUUGGUGUUGCGGACGACGCGCCGAUCAGGACGAAGCCGAAUUCAUACGCAAUGCACCUGUGAACAUACAUCACGAAUCGCUACAACAGGCGUUGAAUUGUCGAAAGAGUGCGUCCGUGGUGACACUCUGGAUAACAUUCAUACUCUUGGCGUUGAGCGAUUUUUGCAUAUUUUAUGCGAAUAGCCGUCUAGCCGCCAAUGUUGAAAUGACGCCCGAAAUGGUCAAGUCGACUGUGCACGACAUGGAAGUAUUUCUCAAAGACACACACCUACAAAUCAAACAUAAGUUGGAUAAUGGUUUUCAUGUAGCUGUCGAAAAAGUUGUCAAAGAUUUGCAAGACGUCGAUGUUCUCCUUGGGGAGCCUAUCCAAGCGGAAAUUUCAGCACACACUGGCAUUGAGCUGGCAUAUGAUUCAUUGGCGACCAUCAGCUUGGCCAACGCCGAGUUGAUCUACCGCGUACUAAUGCUGCAGGAGACAGUGGGGCGUGCGUUGAAAAUCUCACAAGAGGCCGCCGCUCGCAUGGAGGAACUACAAAUACAAUUGUCCGUGUUGCAACGUCAGUGCACUUACCGCGACCGGCCGCUCUGCGACACGUUGCGGAUACGAAGUUUUGAAGAGAAUGGCAUUAUUGAUGCACUCAAGACGCUGCAAGAGGACCAGACAAUCUUUCGCAUGCGUUACUUGGGCGAAAUUGAAUUUGGUGCAACUGUCAAAAAUUUGACAUCUGAAGUUGGUGUGUCACGUUCAAUUUUCAGUAAUUUCCCGCAACAAGUUAAGCACGACACGGCAUACGAACGGAACUAUACCCUCGAGCAGCUGGAAAGCAUACGUCAUCGCACCAAAGCCAACGCACAAAUGCUUACCUCCACGAUAAAUGCGUUGCUCGAACGGCUACAAGGCGUUUGGCCCACACUCGAGCACAGCUACGCGGAAUUGCAGAGUUGGUCUAACUCUUAUUGGACAGCAGGUUGGGUGGCUGCCCUCGUUAUCGGCUGGGUGCUGCUCUUCGGUCUCAUGUCCUACUGUUGCUUCCUCUGCGAGUCGAACGUCAAGGCUGGCGUGGUGCUGCUGAUUUCCGUACUGAUUAUCUGUUUGGGCAGUAUUUGUAUUACCUUCUAUGGUGUGCUGACACUGGCUAUUGGCGGAAAUACAGAAGUCUUCCUCUGUCGUUCGCUAUACGAUGAGGCGGCGGCUGGAAAUGGUGGCGCUGUUGGUGUUGCUGGUAAUUGGGGUAACAAUGCUGGCGAUGUGUCAGAUACAUCUACUUAUCACUUGUUGGGUAAGUUAUUCGAUAAACCAGGUUAUGUGUACGCGCAUGAACCACAGACGGGCAUCAUCGGCGAGCUGCUACGGCCGGAAGGUGUAAAUCGUUCGAUUGUGAAUGUUAGCCUCGCAACGGCGCUCAGAGGUUGUGAACAAAACCAAGCAUCGUACAAUGUCUUCCAACUGGAUGCAUUCGUUAAUACCACACAAAUUGCCGAUUUAAAGCAAUUCCCAAAAGUGACCACAGCCAUUGAUGCAAUCACCGUAUCCGAACGUACUAUGCUCUCGCUGACGCAGACCAUACAGAAUAUACUGGAGAAUAUGCUACACACUUCAUCCUUCAAUCUGUCCACAUAUCGGGUGAGCAUUGGUGCACCGACGCCUGAAAAGGACUUGGCUACGUUCAUCGAUCAAAUGCAAAGGGUGGCACUGCAGAUUCAAGACGUGGCCACCUCGUCUCGUAUGACUACGCUCGGCAGUCGUUCAAAGCGUUUACAGGCAUCAAUCCUACAGCCACUCGAACAGUUACAAAACGAGAUACUCUACCAUCUAACCGCAUUGGAGUUGCAACGCGAUCCCUGGGCCAAGCAGGUCAAUCAAACACUCAAUCACCUGCGAAACGUACAGGGUUAUUUAGAGAAGACAGCGGGGGAAAUUUGUAGCAAUCAAACGCGCGUUUAUACGGAAAGAUUGAAAGCCUAUCUGACAAACAGCAAAGCGACAAUGUCCUCGCAAUUGGGCGACACCACCGCCAAAUGUCGUCCAUUCUUCGAUAUCUUUGACGCGAAUCGCAUCUUCCUCUGUCGCAAUAUUGUCGACUACAUCAACGCAUUGUGGUUCUUCAUUUUCAUUACUUUAUUGCUCUGGUCGGUUGGUACACCCAUUGGACUGAAUCUCAUUACGAUACAGCGUCGUUUAAAUCGUUUGCGACGCGCACAAAAACGCGCCGCCGAACGUUCGGAUAGUCGCAGCCGGCGUAGAGAGCGUGCUACUAGUUCAGCUACACGUGAGCCGCGUAGUGCAAGUAGCGCAAGUCGGCCGCCACUCCGCCGUACUGCUACCGAAGAGACGCUGGACAUAGCUACUGAAGAGUCACCGCCACCACCAAGACGUGAACAACGUGAUAUGCGUAGUCGUGAUCGCGAGCGUGAACGUGAGCGGGAAGUGAGCCGUACGCGGGAUAGUGCAGCGGCCAGUACGCCAGCACGUAGUCGAGCGCAAUUACGCCGCACUGGCACAGAUGCAGAGGAUAAUUGGGGUUCGUCGAGUGCAAGUCGUGCCACAUCGAUGGAACGCGAGGCCAGUCAGCCUAGAAUGUACACGAGUAGCAGUAGCGCUCAGCAGCAGCAACAACAACAGCGGGGUGCUAAGUCGAGACCGCAACUCCGCAAACAAGGAACAGAAGAAUUUGAUUUGGAGGCGGAGGACAAUUGGCAGCCAGCCCAAACAGCGAGCAGUAGCGCUGCUACACGAUCGGAGUCACGCGCUGGCGUACGACGCGAGCAGCGAGAGCAACCGGCUUAUACACACAGCAAUGGACGCAAUAAACCGAAAUUACGUCGCUCCGACCGUGAGCAAUAUGAUCGACCCUCUCGUCGCUCCAUGACACCCGUCUUGCAAGCCAGUCCCGAUGCACAGCCAGCCAAACCAAUGCCACGUACACCGACGCGUCUGCGCCAUCGCGUGACAUUAACAACACGCGCCGUUGCCAAUUUAAUGCGUGCCGGUAAUCCGCGCCAUAAGAGGCUCCAACGCAGCGGCACCGAAGAUUUUGAGAUCGAAGAAAGCGAUACCUAUGGUGCGCCGGCGCAAGACUCAGCUGCGGUAGCUGCCUUGGUCACCUACUUCAGGUAUGGCAGCGUGCGCAGUGUACGUUGGAAUGCCGAGGAGGAUAUGGUCUUCGAAGAUGUCGAUUCGCCAAACCCAAUCUAUAUGAAUCAUCAGCAUAUGCGUUAAGAAGGUUGUGGCAGCGGUUGCUCGAAAGCUGUUCCACCUGCCUGGGUUACAAUUUAUUUGCCGUCACUGUAUGCACGAUAAUGCGUUCUUUUUCGCUCGCGCGUUUAAUCGACGAUUUUUUUCUACAAAAACAUCUAUAAAUUUCGUAUGCGUUUUUUUCGAUUCAAUUUUAUAGGUUUAAGAAAAAGUACAUAUUGCAUCUUUAGUAUUAAAACAAAAAAAAACAGGUUAAGUAAAUUUGCAAAUAGUUUUGAGUAAGUCGUCUUCGGAAUAAAUUACUAUGUACUCUAAGCGAUUUAAAUUAAAGAGGAAUCAUUUCUUUUAAUCCCUGCAUAUUGUUUUCGAUAAGUCAGAAGAGCCAAUUAUUAAAUUUCGAAUGCAUCUUUUAGGCGCGUAUAACAUCGUAAAUCGUGUCAAAUAUUUCCCUACUCUUAUCAGGUAUCUUUUAACUAAUUUUCUAUUUUUGUAUAAUUUUGAAAAUAAAAAUUUCUGUUAUUUUAAUUUUAUAACCCUUAAACAGUAUAUCCAGAAAGUAUGUACACCGCUUUUAUUAAAAAACUUAAAUUUAUUAGUAAGUAGAUGGUAAACUUUUUCAGAAUUCCGAGCUUGAACGUCAGAAAAUAAGUAAUUUAACAUUAGUAUUUUUUUCUUUCAGUUAAGUUUAGAAAACUAGUCGCCGUAUGUACUGGAAAAAUAAUGAUUGAUACAAUAAAUUAUUUAAAAACAAAAACCUAUGUGUUUUUAAGAAAGAUUGGUUACAGUGAGGUUUUAAAAAAAAAUAUUAUUGACUAUGUUUUUAUAUAAAACGAAAAUUACUGGUAAUAUAACUUAUUCUUCUUCUUCAUACAACUCGUCUUAAAUCUUACGUAGAAUAGUUCUCUGGGAAUUAAAUAUUUUUCAAAUGCCUACGGAGUCUAAAGUUGUAGAAGCAAAAGUCUAUCGUAAGACAAUUGUCAAUUCUCGCAACUAUCUUG